CCGCGUCUCUUCGUCUGUUUCCUAACCUGCCUCUCGGGAGCUUCAGCGGCAUUUGCAUUUGUUUUGUUUCUUUCCAGCGCCCUGCCUAUGUCAAUGUCCUCUUUUUCGCGACUACCUCUUAGUUCAGACUCUGUCAAAAGAUGCCAAGUAAUCAAUUUAUUGAAUUUAUCGAUAUAAUAUGUCGAGUACCUUACAUUUUUUUAGUGUGUACAUGUGAAAAUGUAUCUGAGAUAAUACAAUUAUCUAAAACGUGAAACAAGUUGAAACAAUUCUAUAGCGAUAAUACACAAUUCUCACAUGAGAAGCUUUCUACAAAUAAACGUCCGAUUUUGCGUCCUUGAUUUAGCAUUGAAGUUGUGUGUUGUGUCAUAUGGAAUAAAAUUAAAACAGAUAUGAAUCGAGUGUGCUUACCUUUUCUUUCGACUGUGUCCAUAUUGUAUCAGUUUCUUAAGCAGGUACAAUAAAUUGAUGUGAUGAACGAGACUGAUAUUUUGCUGGACACAAGAAAUAAUAGUUUGAAGGAAGUAGUAGUUUACCACUCACAUGAGAGUCUACUUCAAGCUGUAUUACGGAACGAUUCUCGACGUAUUGAUAACAUUAUUAAAACUUCAACCUUAUGUAAUAUAAAAGAAUGCUACUUAAGACAUCAUGGAAGAAACAUCGUUGCUAUUGCUUGCUUAGAAAAUGACGUGACGCCUCAGACUUUGGAUGAAUUGUGUGGUCUGUUGAAACGUAAAUAUGGGGACCAAAAUUAUUCCAAUGAAGAUUUUUACGAAUGGGAACCAAUACAUUACCUCGCCAAAGCGGCUCUUCCAGAGAAACUAGAAUCGUUUAUCAAGCAUGUGGGCAAUGUAGACCAGCUAACAUUCUUUUCGGAAAAUGCCUUACACAUACUGCUCACAUACUCGGUGGAGCCAUUCCAAGUGGUGCUAUCUAAUGGUUCCAAAUCAAGACCGUUCUCAGUAAUUGGCAUAGAGGAAGAUAACAUAGUAAAAUGCGCGGAAAUACUUAUAAAGAAAGGGAUAGAUGUGAACCAUGCGAAUUUUUGGAAUGAAACACCAAUAUCUCUAGCAGCAAGAUAUAGGUAUUCAAAAAUUGUUGAUAUGCUGUUGAAGUCACCUUCUGUUGAUCUGGAUAAUUGUCGAGAAGCUGGGAAAAGCAUAAGGAUUUACUUGAAACGCCACAACAUCUGUUCUACAGCUCUGCUUUCACAGCCAUCAAAUUAUUACCAGGAAGAUGAUGUGAACAUUUUAUUUAGUUUCUUGAAAUCUGGGGAUCAGAAAUCGUUUUUGCAAUACAAUAAUGAAAACAUUAAAGACUACUCAAACUGCUUCGAUAGAUCUAGAGACAAUACGUGUGGUACGAUGUUGCAAUUUUGUUUUUGGAAGGGAUUCAUAGAAUAUGUGAAGAGUGAAUUAUAUCUUGAAGAGUUGAAUAAGACUGAUAUUAUGGAUACACCUAUGCUGGAAAUAUUUUGUAGUAAAGGAUUAAAAAGAUGUAUAUAUCAUCUGUUAAACAACAACGCAGAUCCCAAUUUAACAGAUAGCAAACAUAAAGUUACCAUACUAGAAGCUGCGUCAGUACGUGGUUAUUAUCCAAUGGUGGCAGUUCUGCUGUUGCACAAGAAAAGCCAAAUAAAUAUGGAUGAUAUAUUUGAGAUGUUGCCAAAGUUAUCUUUUAAUACUCGCGCCAAUUUUCUCAGGAAUCAUAAAAUCUACAGAAAUCACUCACUGUACAUGUUUCUGAACAAACUCAUAUCACUACAUAGAAAUAAGCAGGGAACUAGAUUGAGUGAUGCAAAGCUUGCUGUAUUGAAUGAGGUUAUACAUCACCUAAAUUUAGAAAUGCGCGAGACAGACACAGAUGACACGGAGUUAAUAUGCCAAAUACUCAGCUUAGGUCUUCCACUAACUUACGGCAGGAAAGAAGAAAAGAAAAAACAUUUAAUCAUAGAACGAAUUCAUCCAACAAUCCUCAGAAGCCAUUUUGACGAUUGUAUUAGAAACGGCCUCAACUGCAACAGUAUUAUUGAAGAUUACUCUUACGUCAAAAGUGAUGGAACUGUGAUGUAUUCUUACUCAGAAACACAGACUCUCCAGUACUUAAUCGAUGAUCCUAUGAAAGAAGAAUUGAUUUUACAUCCUCUGAUAGUGCUUUUCAUACUUUCACAAUGGAGUAGAGUCUGUUGGUUAUACUAUGCAGACUUGAUAUUUUAUGCUAGUUACUUCAUUUCAAUCUGUUUGUAUAUGAUUUUCAGUCACGUGGGAUUUAUUAGUUUAUUUGUUAACUAUAUGCUUUACACGCUUCUUUUCAUGCAAUUUUUUAAAGAAAUGAUACAGUUAUUUUUUCUUUUUCGUCUGAAAUAUUUCUCGGACAUAUCAAACUAUGCAGAGCUUUCUAUUAUUGGUUUUACGUUAGCAACGAUACUGAUACCAAAUAUAUAUGCUAGAGUUAUUUCAAUUUUGCUUUCGACUGUGAUGUUGUUUUUAAUGUUGAGUCAAAUGCCUACUUUUACUAAAUAUACGCUUAUUUUCGGUUCUACAAAAUACUUUUUGCAGUAUUUUGGUUUCUAUUCUAUACAGUUCAUUGCUUUUGCUAUAUGUUUUUACAUAGUUUUUGAAACUGGUGAUACAACUGAUAUAGAUAAAGGAAAUUACAAUUUCACCAGUAUCACAGCAGAUUUUUCGAAAACGUUGUUUUUAAGUCUUGUACGAUUCACAGGACAGCUUGACGAUCCUGUUAUAGAACCUAAAGAGUACCCAAUUUUUGGUAGAAUUUUGACGAGCACGUUCAUAUUUUUUAUGACGAUUAUUCUAAACAAUCUCUUAGUGGGUCUAAUCGUUUCAGAUAUAAAUGAAAUACAAGAGGAAGCUAGGUUUCACAAGCACGUAAAAAUGGCUGGUUUCAUCAUAAAAACGAACACUAUUAUUAGACGGUUAGAGAAUUUUAAGUCUCUAAAAUCCAUACACAUUUUUGAAAAAGGCAAAAAUAAAGACCUGUCUUCCACUAGCUAUCAAGAUUCCAAGUGGCUUCACAAUGAUCACAAUAGAGAUUAUCUUAGAAGUAUUAGCAAUACCAGAGCAUAUAAUACACAUCUUUUGUAUAAUGUUUUUGAUUUUAUAUCUGAUAAUGAUGUAGCUGAGAAAAACGAGAAUGAAACUAAUUGAUUUUUUAUUUUUAUUAAAAUAAAAUAUUUCACUAAAAUUUGGCGUUUACUAGUUUGAGCCUAUGAUUAUGAUGAAGAAGGCUUGAGGAAACGUUUUUACAAUUUGUUAUUAAC